GCGUGUGCGUGUGUGUGUGUGCGUGCGCGCGCGCUAUCUGAGAAGGUGUGGAUCAUUAUCAUGUCAGACUUAAAGAAACUGUGAGGAACUAUUGUUUUACAAUGAAUAUGUAAAUUAAUUAGGAUAAUAAUGCACUAAAUCAAUCGCGCGUGUUGUCAUGUUGUAUGCCCCCCCCCUGUCAAAGUUGUUAAGUGGAAGCAGAUGAAAUUGACCCGUGCACCACCCAACUGGGGGCGUUGCAAGGGGAUAAGAGAAUAAGGACAGCCACGAUAUCUGUUGACAACAAUCUCGAAACCGGCUGUGGGCUACUCUACACUUAUUUUGCGCAUGCAUAUGUCCUCAAGCACGUCACAAUUUAAAGAACAAGAUGUCUCAGUACACAACACUGGCAUGAGCAAGGGAGGGGCUGCUGCUGCUGCUGCUGCAAAACACACUGAUAGAAUGAAUGCAAAGAGCCAAAAGAACACUUCCUGUUGAUGCAAAAAUUGCAGCAGCAACUGUCUGACAUCUGGACUGGAGAGGGGGGAGGCCUGGCUGUAGUGUUAGCGAACUGCUGAGGGGAAUGGACAACGUUUGAUGCUAAUCUGGAAGACGGCUGCCGACAAACUGGAGAAACAUAUCCAAGAAAUGGACGACGGCAGCUACAUCGAGUUUGAUGUGCCGGAGUUCAGCAACACUGUUCUGACUCAGCUCAAUGAGCUGCGGCUGCAAGGGAAGCUGUGUGACAUCAUCGUUCACAUCCAGGGCCAGCCAUUCCGAGCCCACAAGGCUGUGCUGGCAGCUAGUUCACCUUACUUCCGGGACCACUCGGCUCUCGGCACCAUGAGUGGCCUUUCCAUCUCGGUCAUCAAAAGCCCGGAGGUGUUUGAACAGCUACUUGCAUUUUGCUACACAGGUCACAUGUCGCUGCAGCUCAAAGAUAUCAUCAGUUUCCUCACUGCUGCCAGCUUUCUGCAGAUGCAGGCCAUCAUUGACAAGUGCACCCAAAUCCUGGAGAGCAUCCACUCCAAGAUCAGCCUCCCAGUUGGCAGCCCAGAGAAGGACGACUCACAGACCAGCCGCAAUGGGGUCAAUGACAGCAACCUCUUUGUAAACCCUACCCAGAUCUCCCCCCCUUACUACUCCCGGCAGAGUCAAGCAGGACACUUGGGCCGGGGGCGACAGCAGCAAGAGGAAGGCCAGUCGGACCGUGGCAGCAGUGAUAGUGUGUCAGAGCAUGAUACUCCCAUGGAGGGAGAAACCGAGCAAGUGGAACUGAUUGGAAAAGAUGGGCAAGUAACAGAUGUGCGUGUGAAGGUAGAGAAAACAGACAGGCCUACUUACUCUGAUAGUUCGUCAGCUGGUGAUGAUGGUUACCACACGGAGUUGGUGGAUGGAGAACAGGUAUUGGCGGUAAGCGUGGGUUCUUAUUGUCCUGUCAUCCAGCCUGCUGCCUAUUCUUACUCAGGGCUGUCCUCCCCAUGCUUUGUCAACCUCAGCAGCUCCAGCCCUUCCCGCUCCCUGCUCAGUGGCUUCAGAGGUGGCCGAGCAAGGGCCAAGCGCCCCCUGGCCAUUCCCGAGGGGAUGCUGAGUCAUGUCAAACCCGGCUCAGAUGACAGCGAGUCAACCGUGGGACCCACGGGGCUAGAGAACGACGUGCGAGAGCGCAGCCUGCGGAGCCAGUGGUACCCUUACAAUGAGAGACUCAUUUGCAUCUACUGUGGAAAGACCUUCAAUCAGAAAGGGAGCCUGGACCGCCACAUGCGCCUGCACAUGGGCAUCACUCCGUUUGUGUGCAAAUUCUGUGGCAAGAAGUACACGAGGAAGGACCAGCUGGAGUACCACAUCCGUGGCCACACGGACAACAAGCCCUUCCACUGUCAGAUCUGUGGAAAAUGCUUCCCAUUUCAGGGCACCCUUAACCAGCACCUGAGGAAGAAGCACAUGGGAGCAUCAGAGGGAAGCAAUCAUAUGGACUCUCCAGAAAGGAGGGAGGCAAGCUCAGGCCAGAAGGACCAAGAGAAUACAUCUGAGGGGAUUGCCUAUGAGGCACAAUAUGCAGAAGAGGCGCCAGCCAAUGAUAUGGAGGAAAGCUCAAAAUGUAGUCCAGAGGAGGCUCAAGCAUCCAGAUGUGAUUUUUAGGUCCUGCUUCAGGUUAAGGAAGCUUUAAGAGGUGUUAAUUUCAGCUCAACUUAAAGGACUUUUUUUUUCCUUUUGAAUCCACUCCCUCUACUAUGGACAUUUCUUGCAUUUAGGGUUUAUGUCAAUUUUUUGAAAGUUAAGUCAUUGAAUGCAGAGAAGAAAUGGGUGCUUCAUAGAAAUUUGAUUCUUACAAGCAAAGGGAGUAACAACUUACUAUUUUUGAGGAGGUCCCAAUAAUCAAGACCCCCUUAUUGAUUUCUCUUUUUAUCUUUCAAUGUUUUUUAAAACAUAUUUACAGAGUUAUAUAGGCAUGUUGCAAUAAUUGAUAAUGUGAAAGCUCUGGUAAGAUGCUUGUCAUAUCACCUUUUUACCUGACCCGAUUUUGCACAUGUGGCCACAAGAGGUCACUUACUCACAAGGAAUGAUUUUUCUGCCAGUGCAAAGCUUCGUGUGACAUAUCCGUUCAAUACCUCAUGAUACAACUACAUACUCAUAACAGACAGUGUUUUAACUUAAAUGAAACUCACCAGGUUCUACCUCAUAGCCAAGAACCUACCAGGCACAGACGUGUUCACCGUUUGAAAUCCGUUUUAGGUCGUUUGUACAGUAUCUUAUUGCCAAACCCUGUAAAGAAUAUUCACAAAGCCUUGAUACUUAAAGGGAAAUAUUCCUUGCUGAUUGUAUGGAUCAGGGACAAAGUCCUUGUCAGUUGUUUCAUCGUCAGCCAGGUUAAAAUGAUGAUUAAGAAGGUGCUAUGUUAGGAGUGCAUUAAAUUUGCUAGCUUGUGUGUUUGUUUUUGGCAAAUGCGGCAAUCAGAGUAAGAGAAUGACCCUGCAUACUUUGAAGAUGUUAUUUAGCUCUCUCAUAAGGUUUGUUCUACAAAACACUUAAUGAUUUUAACUCUCAUCACUACUGGAGAUCUCAGUCUGUCGGCCAAGGUGGUUUUAAAUGCUGUCAUCCAUGUAAUGGGUGAAUUACAUCCAUACAGUGAAAUCAUUUAUCUUCCUCAUAUACUCUAAUGGCAGAUUUAUACUGAACUAUUGUAUGCGUUUUGUCUUGAGGUAGGCUUCUAGGUUGAUACUCGUCGUCUAACCGAUGCACGUGUACUCAUUUUGUCAACUCAGCACAGUAGGAACAGCUCUAGAUCUGUUCACAUAUUUCAAUAUAGUAUACUAGUCUGAAUAAUAUGCAAACAGAAACAACAAAGGAAUCUCAGCCAUUUUGACAUGAUUUUUCUUACAUUAUUUGAAAGAGCUAUCGGUUUAUUUCCUCUUUUUAAUUUCUUUUUUUCAUUCUGUCCUAACUUUUAUGAUGGGACGACUGAUCUGUGAUUUCUGUUACCUGCAUUGGUUGGGGUCAAAUGCAGACUUGGAACAUGCUUUCCUUAUUUUAUCAAUCCUACUUUAUGGCGUUGACAUAGAUGCAGCAUAGCUAGAUUAAGGCUAAGAGGUAAAUGUUUUUAGAGGUAGCUGGUGGGCGGGAUGGGAGCUGUUCCAGGUAAAAUGUGCUAAUCUAAGUCUUAAUUCUAAUGCAGCAGCAGCGUCACACUAUCACUGCUCCGCUGCAGGGAUAUACCUCCGAGUUAACUUUUGUGAACUUUGAUUAGACUUUGUAAUCACAUCAAUAAUAUUGGCUACAAGUCAUGCAUAUGGAAACCUUGUAUUUUAUCUAUACUCUUUGAACUGUGGGGAUAAGGGAUGGGGGUGUUUUUAGCAUAUAUAGACUUUUAUUUUCAUUCUGAUUUAAAGAAUCUACAUUCACUAAAAACAUAAAGGCACUUAGAAGGCCUGAUAAAUUAUCCUGUCGUAUUCUGCAAAUUUAUAGCUCAGCUGGAUGGUCCAUUUUGUGUUGUCCUGCCUACUCUUUUGCCUUCCAGCUGUUUAAUGCCUUUUUUUUCCUCCUUUUUUUAAAGCGCACCUGCUAAAUGCUUAUAUUCUGUCCCGACUUUGUGUCAAUCAAUUGAGUUUCAUUAUUUUGUAGUUUUCAUAUAAUGUUCUACUUUGUGUGCGUUUGGUGGGAGAAUAUUUUGUUUUGUUGCCAAUGUUACGUUAAGAGUGCUGCCCUUUUAUCCCAGUGAAUGUGCAGUCAUGUUUUCACUCAUUGACGGUUAAGAUAGCAAUCCAAAAUGUUGGGAAUUUUGAGGAAAAAAAAACUGUCGGUAUAGCUAGCUUUUCGUUAUCUUUUUGAGUACGGAUUUAUCACCAACACUUUUGGUCAUCAUCACCCACGGUCUAUCAAAACCUACACAGUACUUUUCAGAUGAAUGUUUAGUAAGUCAAGUUUAUUUCUGUCGGCUGCUGUGAUGUGCAGAUGUGACAGCAGAUCUGACCUCAUCAAAAUCAGUUGCUGACUAAUUUGAUUCUGCCUAUGAAGAUUCUUGCCUUUCACCAAGAGAAAAGGAGGAAAUGCGUACUGUCCUGCAUUAUUGUCAGUAAUGUUUUUGUGAGUAAUAGGUACAAACUGCUAAAACAAUGUUGUGCCAAGAGUUAACACCAAAGACUAAUAAGUGAUUUUUAACAGUAAAUUUUGACUGUAUUGCUUAAUUGAAUGCAUAUUAAGACAAAUAGGUUCUUAAUUUAACGUAGGACUGGUUUAUUGCGAGGAAUGUAUGUUUCCCAGCUUAUAACAAUCACUUGUGUCAAAUUUGAACAAUUUGCUAAGAAGACAUAAUGCAGCAAAGUCAUAAAUAUCAUAUAUUAAGCCAUACAAAGAGCUGACGAUAUAAAAUAUGUGCAAUUGCAAUUGUUUAAAGCCAAUGUAAACGAGAGAGAGAAUACUUCACAAAAAGUGGCAUCUUAAACUUCGUGCCUUGCCACAAGAUUCUGGCACUUAGAUUCCUGUGCCUCUUUCAUUUCUAUAUGGAUUGAAUAGAGAGAUUAUAGCAAACCAUGGCCACAUAAUGUAUUAAGUGGUACCCAGAAUGAGAAUGCAUAGAAAUUAGUUAAUUAAUCAUUUCAUUCUGUCCUUUUCUUUUUUUGUCACGGAUGGAAAACUGAUUUUAAGGCUGAACUGAUUUUGUAGCAAUCAAUUACAAUCAAAUGAGGCAGACUUGUUCCCUGCAAGCUGUUGCCCACCCAUGACUGUACUGUACCCCUCCUCUCCAGCUACUGAGGACAAUCCUAGCAAUGUUACUGUAGUUGUAGACAUUUCCACGAAGGGAGGAGACGCAUGAAAAACACAAAUCUACUUCCUCCGCCUUCUCUUGGAGCAUCUGGCAGGUUGAACAGCUGCCUGGGUAUUUAGCAGAUGAUAAACUGAAUAUUUGUGGAGAGAGAGAAAAAAAAGAGCCAACCCUCAUAUACUGUAGCUGAAUUGCACGUUGCUCAACCACAAAAAUUAUGUGAAAUUGCCAAUGGAUUUUUUUUAUUUUUUAUUUUUACUUGACUUUUCUUGUAUUUGUGUCAUCGAUUGUGCACUUACAGGUUUUUCUUGAUAGUACAUACCAAUUCCAUCCAGGAAGUCUAGUUGUUCUCUGUAGUUAUUUAGCUAUAACGGCCUCAGUCACUUUGUUAGGGACCUUUUCCCCUUAAAUGGUGCUUUUAGACUAGUCAGGUUUUUUGUUUUUUUCCUCAUCAAACAAGUAAACGAGUCCAUGUCUUCAUCAUAGGUGAAUGGAGGGGGAAUUAUUUCAAUGAACAAUAGUAACAUAUGUGAUAGUACACACCUACAGAGCCAGCUGAACUUGACACUCGGAUCGACUCUUUGUCACCUCUUUGUUCCACACCUCCGAGAGGAACAGGAGGUGCAUUGUGGGCCACAAGUAAUCAAAAGGAAGUGUUUACAGGGAAGGCUGUCAGACUACUUUUUUGAAAUUGCAGCUCAUCCUAUUCCUUUUAUAAUAAACUCACUUCAGGUAGUUUACAAACACUGAUACAGGCUUAGAAAGAAAAAAAAAGAAAUCUUAAGUCUUCCAUAGCUUUUCUGUCAGUUUCUGUCCACUGUGUAUUCUGAAAAAAAAAGCAAUAACCUUUUUAGAAGUGGUGUAUUGGGAUCAUCAAGCCUAUUGAAAUAUUGGCCUGUCAUAUCAAACAAACUGAAUGUCAGGGAGCUGUUGAAUUUAAGUAGGACCAGGACAAUUUGAUAUUGAUCUAUUUUUUAUAUAUUUUCUGAAACCUUGGACAGGUUGACUUCAGCUUCAGAAAAUAUAUAUAUAGAUAUAAAUGGAAAAAGUGGUGUUGCUUGCAAGCUUUUCUUUUUAUUCUUUAGUUUAAUGAUGAUGAAAAUCCAGUGGUAGUCACUAAACUGCAACACAAGAGCUGAGCGUGUGGUUCAGUCAUCAAACUCGGUGGCACUGUUCAGAGUUGCACCUCCAGCUGUGUUAAUGAAAGGGAUUAGGGGCUGCAUAGCCACUGUUUGGGAGCGGGCUAUCUGCUGUCAUGUCGUGGUUCAGUGAUCUCCACUUGCUCCUCAGGCACUGAGACUGUAGUUGUAGUUGUUGAGGAUAAGAGGGGAAGAUUUCAGUCUAGCUAUUGUCCCUUUUCCUUGUACAACUCCAUAAACCCUGCACUAUAAUGUCUCUGGCUUACUUGGUGACAAAGGCAGAAAAAACUAAAAAAAACUUAGAACUCAGGGUAUAUAGUGUUAAAAGUGGUCUCAUGGGACAUGCAUCCUAUGUCUAUAGUACAAUUGUGCACUUCUCUUCAGGUGGGGAAACAAUUCCUCAGUCAGUGGUUCCCAAACAUUCUGCCUCAAGGUCUCAAGGAGCACCAUAUUUUCCACAGAGCUGCAGCUUGAGGAGCACUGGAGACCACGAGCCGACCCAUGGCAGCCGAAAUGCCCCAGUUCCUGUUUUUUUUGUGUCCGCUCUACACACAACCUCACAACCCAACUGUGAACCUCAGAACUCUACUGUUUUGUACAACUAUGAAGUAAAUGAAGCUAGCUAGAGCUGAUGUUGUAUCUAUUGCCAUUUAUGAAUUUAUUUUAUAGCAUGAAAUAAAAUAUAUUUAUUCAAAUUAUAUAUUUUACUCAUAAUCAUUAUGUGCUGCUUCAUUUUGGUUCUUAAGCUUGUAAAUUGCUUUUUUAUGAUAUUAAAAAAAUGUCAAUAGAAUAAUGCGUUGGUUUGUAAAAUAAAGACGCUGAUUUGGCUCUGA